UCUAUCGAAAGAAUGUGACUGCUGCUCAACGAAGCGCGGCCAGUGCGCUUGCGCGGCAGCGUGACGCACCCGGAAGUAACAGCAUGUCGCUGGAGGACCCGUUUUUCGUGGUGAAAGGGGAGGUGCAGAAGGCUACGGCUCGUGCACGUAGCCUGUUUGAUCGGUGGGAGGAGCUUCUGCAGGAUGGAACUCAGGUGAGUCGCGAUGAGCUGGACUGGAGCACAAACGAGUUGCGCAACUGCCUGCGGGCCAUCGACUGGGACCUGGAGGACCUGAGCGAGACCAUCAGUAUCGUGGAGUCAAACCCGGGAAAGUUCCGCCUGGGCCACGAAGAGCUCCAGGAGCGGAGAGACUUUGUGGAGAGGACCAGGAAGUCUGUGCAGGAGAUGAAGGAUCAGUUGUCAAGUCCAUCUGCUGUGGCUCAGGCAGAGAAAAAAAACAAGCAGGCGCCACCGGCUUCAGCGGACCGCUCGAUGCAACUGGAUGCCCACCUGGUGUCCGCCAAUUCCAGAUACAUCCAAGAGCAGCAGGAACAACAGCAGCUGAUCAUGCAGGAGCAGGACGAUCAUCUGGAGCUUGUGUCCGGAAGCAUCCGGGUCCUCAAAGACAUGUCGGGACGCAUCGGCGACGAACUGGACGAGCAGACCAUCAUGUUGGGGGACUUUGCGGACGAGAUGGACCAGACAUCGUCACGUAUGGACUCCGUGCUCAAAAAGAUGGAGAAGGUCUCACAUAUGACCAGUAGUCGGCGUCAGUGGUGCGCUAUCGCCGUGCUGGUGGCCAUCAUGAUCGUUGUCCUCAUCCUCUUCUUCGCCCUCUGACGCCAGUGACGCCGAGGGCCCCUUUUUUUUUUUUGUUUGUUUGUUUGUUUGUUUGUUUAACCCUGGACCCACAGAAGGAACAAAAAGCAAGCUGCUGACUUGCAAUGUCCGGUAGGGAUCCAACAUGCAGGUUGUGACUCCGAGCAGCAAGGGGCGCUGUGGCCAAAGAAAGUCCAAGUUUGAGACUCAAAAAAAGAAAAAGUACCAUUCUUGAGUAAAUAUUUUUUUAAUAAUAGUCACAAAAAUAUGAGAAUUUUUUUGUUGAGAACACGCUGAAAAAUGAGUUGGAAUAUUAUGACAAGAGCAAACAUUUCAGUCAGCCUUUUCCAAGGAACAAGUACAAAAGAUGAAACGAUAAAUUGUAGUUUUGCAAAAAACAAGUCAGGACAUUAUGGUAAAAUAACAUUUUUCAAGAAUAAAGUCACAAUGUUCAAAGAACAAUUCAUAAUUUGUUUUGUAAAAAUUAAAUGUGUAAUUCUUUAGAACAAAAAUUAUUGACAAAACAAUAAACAAUUGCUAUAUAGAAAAUAGUACUCAAUUUGCAAAAUAAGUCAUAUUUUGAGGUAGAGAGGAUUUUCUCAAAUUUCAUCUAAAAGUAAUAAUGACAAAAAAUCGACUAUCUUACCCAUAGUCUCAAAAUUUGGGGAGGAAGGUCAUAUUUUCUUGAACAGGUCAGGCUCUUCGCAUGAAAAAUGCCACAAGAAUAAUUCCAAAUAUGAGAAUAACGGUGUAAUAUUACAAGAAUAGUUAUAUGUGGCAAAAAA